AUGGAAGAUCAGAGCCGUGAUACCUCCGGUGAAGACAUUGAAUCCGCUCGACGCGACGCCGGAGGCAUACGUGCCGGAGACAUUCAUGACAACGCCGCAGCCACCACCCGUCCAUCUAUUCUUCUCCGCCUUUUCACCCCUUUUCUAGCAGUUUGGACCCUUGUGUCCACUUGCUGCGGCCGACGUGGUCUCGGAGGCAACCAAACUGAAGGAUCUGCUCUCAUCGACAACGCCGGAGGCAACCCAACUGAAGGAUCUCCUCUCAUCGGCAACGCCGGAGGCAACCCAACUGAAGGAUCUCCUCUCAUCGGCAACGCCGUACCCAUCCGUCGAUCUCCUCUCUUCCGCCUUUUCACCGGUUUGCGAGCGGUUUGGACCCUUGUGUCCACUUGCUGCGGCCGUCGUGGUUCCCCAGGCAACACGGCUCUGCUUCCCGUCGCCGCUCCGUCUGAUGAGGCGCCGCAUCUGUCAAACCGCCAGGUCCAACCGGCCAUCAACGCCAACGACGGUGGUGAGUGGAGCAAUUUCGUCAAGGAUUCGAACGAAUUUAUACAGUGGAUGAUAACGAAUAUUUUCCUCUUCCUUCCGGUCAAGACGUUUUUCUUAUAUCUCUCCGGCGACGAUCUCUCUUCGAUCCGGGAGGAAAUUUUGAAGCUCCUCAAGUCUCUCCCACAGAUGUUCAUCCCGACCGUUCUGCUCUACACCUUCUUCUUCUUCGGCGCCAGGGCUUUCAAAGGCCAAAACAUCCGGUUCGGUUUCGAGCUCGUGAGCUUCUUCAUCGGACUAGGGGCCAUGGCGGAAGCGCUUGCCUUUGCAGCGGCGGACGUGUGGAAGUGGACUUUGGGAGCCGGCAUCUUCUACUUUCUAAUCUUUGGAAUCUGUUUGAUUUUCGACUGUUGCGUUAAUUACCCUAGAAAUUAA